CAAUUAUGCAAUUUUCCGAGGAGAAGCACACCACUGUGCACCAUUGGCAUUGAGCUGUGGACAGUGGGUUCCCUGCGAAUCGUAGUAUUAUACCACCUCCUCACUCUCCUGCAGAAAGGUCUUCGACAACACUCUGUGUCGGCCCUCCCAACUCCAUGGCUCUGAACUGGACUGGAAUUGCUUAAGUGCAAGUCCUUGUUUGUGGAGACGCCGCUGCAAUGCUGUGUGCAGUGGAGACUUUACAUUCCCUGUCUCAGUGAAGGGGCAGGACUAGCGAUCAAGCUGCUGCUUUUAAUGGUCGCACAAGACAGUAAAAUCAGAGACUUCUGCCUGAAAGGCUUUCUACUUGAGAGGCCACCUUAACUGGAGUCUGCAAGACCAUUGAGCAGCAUUCCUCCCAGCCUCUGGCGCACCAGAGAGGCCGCCAUGGAACAAAAGGAAAAUGAAAAACCACCAUAGAAGAAAGCGGGCUUCUCGCAGGCGAUUCCGCACGUGUUCCUCCUCUCAGUGCCCGCUGUAAUUGGUUUGACGUUCUUCAAUGGCACCCUCUUUGGAUACCACCCGACUCUGAUGUCAAUUGGGUACAUGGCCCUGCUUGGGGAGGGCAUCUUACUGGCAACCGGAGCGAAAGGAAAGGAUCGAGACUUUUACCUGUGGCUGCACAGCGUGUGCCAGGUGGCGGGAGCGGUGGCCAUCUUUUGCGGGCUGCUGGCCAUCCUGCAGAACAAGUUUCAGUUGGGCAAGCCCCACUUUGUAACUUUGCACGCACGGCUCGGCUUGGGGACGCUCAUCAUUACGGCGCUCGCCGCCACCGGGGGCCUCCCCGACUUCUACGGGCUUCCCCCCUCGUGGCGCAAGUUUCAAACGCUCGUCAACCGAACCCAUCGACGAAUUGGGCGGGUCGCAUUCGGCGCCGGGCUCCUGACGAUGGUCACGGGUCUUCAGACCUUCAAGCCUGCUCACCCGCUCCACAAGGGCUUGCUGACGUAUGCAUGCGCAGCGGGAGUCGCGGGCGCAGCCAUCGUGGUCUUCAGCAAGAGCGGGCUAAGUCGAUAUAACCGGAAGCGGUUGCUCGGCAGUUUAUGGGGAAAGUCGCCAAGGACCGUGCCAUAAGCGCCGCCUACGAGGUAACGAGAAAGCGCGACAGAAUCUCAAAUCUGCCCUAAGCAGAUGGGAGUCGCCGAAACUUACCAUAACAUAUUGUCGCAUACAUGUCGGCCUGCGUCAAGAUCAAGCACAGUGGGCACGAAUGGGGCUAUAAUAAGCACGGUUGUUUUGAACACGUCUUUUGCAAAGUCAAUUAAUCGAGGUGAGAUUUCGAGGCAGCUCUCGGGUUGUUCCCGAGGUGAACUGAGUAGGUACAAUUGACAGUGGGUUCUUGGAGUGUCU